UUGAACGACUGAGGGAGCGGAGGAGAAGAGGAAGGAAGAUGAUGGGAGCAAGUAUUAGCCCAGUUAAGUGACCCAUAUUUCACGGAAAUACUGUACAACAGAUAAUAGCUCGUCUAUUUCUUAUACUCGAGGAUUUUUCAUUAUCAAGAUGUCGGCGUCUGCGAUAUUUAUCCUCGACCUGAAGGGGAAGGUGCUGAUCUGUCGUAACUACAUGGGGAACAUGGACAUGAAUGAGAUCGACCACUUCAUGCCAAUUCUGAUGAAGAGAGAAGAAGAUGCCGAGAUCACGCCGCUGGUAACCCAUGGCUCCUCCCACUUCCUGUGGAUUAAACACAGCAACCUCUACCUGGUGGCGAUGACCAAGAAGAACGCAAAUGCUGCUCUGGUGUACUCCUUCCUCUAUAAAAUAGUUCAGGUGUUUAAAGAAUACUUUAAGGAGCUCGAGGAGGAGAGUAUCCGUGACAACUUUGUGACGGUGUAUGAACUGAUGGAUGAAGUCAUGGACUUCGGUUUCCCUCAGACCACCGACAGCAAGAUCCUACAAGAGUACAUCACUCAGCAGGGCCACAAGUUAGAAGUCGGGGCCCCUCGACCUCCUGCCACCGUCACCAACGCUGUGUCUUGGCGGUCAGAAGGCAUCAAGUACAGGAAGAAUGAAGUCUUUAUGGACGUCAUUGAGUCUGUCAACUUGUUGGUGAGUGCCAGCGGUAGUGUCCUGCGCAGUGAGAUUGUGGGCUGCAUCAAGCUCAAGGUGGUCCUGUCAGGGAUGCCCGAACUCAGGCUGGGCCUCAACGACAAAGUCCUCUUUGAAAUCACAGGCAGAGAGAAGAGUAAGACAGUGGAGCUGGAGGAUGUGAAGUUCCACCAGUGUGUCCGUCUGUCGCGCUUCGAGAACGACCGCACCAUCUCCUUCAUUCCCCCCGACGGGGAGAGCGAGCUCAUGUCCUACCGCCUCAACACUACAGUGAAGCCUCUCAUAUGGAUCGAGAGUGUGAUUGAGAAGUUCUCCCACAGCCGUGUGGAGAUCAAGGUCAAGGCCCGCAGUCAGUUUAAGAGCCGCUCCACCGCCAACAAUGUGUCCAUAUUGGUGCCGGUGCCCAGUGACGCCGACUCACCCAAGUUCAAGACCAGCACAGGCAGUGCCAAAUGGGUGCCGGAGAAGAACGUGGUGCAGUGGAACAUCAAGUCUUUCCCUGGCGGCAAGGAGUACAUAAUGCGGGCUCACUUUGGACUGCCCAGUGUGGAGAGUGACGAGCUUGAGGCGAAGAGACCAAUCACAGUCAACUUUGAGAUCCCGUAUUUCACUGUGUCGGGGAUUCAGGUGCGCUACCUGAAGAUCAUUGAGAAGAGUGGUUACCAGGCAUUACCAUGGGUACGCUACAUCACACAGAGUGGAGAUUACCAGCUCCGGACAAACUAAAGGGCACAGAUGCUGCCAGACGAAUGGAUAUUCUCUCUCUGUCUGUCUUCCUCUCUCCUCUCCCUCUCUGUUUCUCUCUGUUUUGUGGCUCCCUGGCAGCAAGGGACAGCAGAGGACAAGUGGAGGGGAACACAGGAAACUUUGCCCCACUCUCUACAAAUGGAAAAAAAAAAAAAAAAAAAAAAGCUGGACAGUUUCUUUCAUCCCUUUCCUCCAAGACAUGCUCGCCUCAGAUGGAAAAGACCGUUGCCAUCAACUCUGACCUGUGAUUUUCUUUUUAGUUAGGGCUCCUCAGGACUCUGGGAAAACAUUUUCAUUUGUGAAUAAUGAAGUGAUAACUUUCUGACACCAUCUGGUCCUUGCAAGUCUUCAUUUUCUUUCUGCAACUUAAAAUCUCUCACUUUCAAUGUGAUGUCCCUUGAGGUUAAUUGACUGCGGGAUUUUGGAAAUGCAACAUUUUUUAUGAACUUGUUUUCCUCACAGAGGAAACUAUUUGAAAUACUGUCUGUUUUGGGAGAUUAGCCACUUUGCUUAUCAUGUGCGACGGGUGAGUUUCUACGGAGUGACAUGUAAACUAAAAGACUGUAUACAGUGCCAGUGUUACUGUGACGGUUGUUGCUCAAAUGGCCACAACCUUGAAAAUGGGGAAAAAAAUUCUAAGGCAAAAUAUGCUUUUCUUAAAGGAGGGUGGACAGUUUUCUCCACCUCAAGUUUACUUUUUCUUUACCCACUUAUGAAGUUCAUUGCCUUAAAAAGUUGGUCAUGUGUCAUCACCUUUAGCGCUGUGAACAGUAUCCCCAGUGCAUUGAAAUGAACACCAGCAUCGCCUGAUCAAUGAUUAAUAAGGCACAAUAUUGUCACAGCCGUUGGCUGUGUAACAUAAUACUGUCGACACACUCCCAUGGGCCCUGUAACCUCGUCCUUGUGGUCACAAUCAGCUCACAACUAUGAGGCAGACUGAAGGAAUGAACCUGGUCCAGAAAUUUGUAUCAUGUUUUUAACUGCUGUUUAUACUAGUUAGUCCCUUGUGGAAAAAAGCCAUGAAGGGCAAGAAAUGGGCUAAAAACUGAGGUAAAAUAACCUGAGGUUUUUUUUUUUUUUUUUUUUUGCAGCCUAAAGCAUCUUGACAAUAUGUGGAAGUAAUUGUUUUUCUACAUGACUUUCUUUUCCUCUCGACCUCCAUAGGCCUCCGUACUUCUGAAAGCGGUUUCUGGUGUAAUUCACUCCCUCUCUUGUGCAUUCAUUGCACUACUCCACACAUCAGUUCAGCUGCUCAGCCAGCAGCACAGAAUAGAGUCAUGGAGGUCUGCUCAUACAGCUCAAGUCAAUUUAUGGCAUCUCUGCUGUGACUACAAAACCCCAUAUUGCAUUCGUUCCAGUAGUAACUGUGUGCAGACAUAUUCUGGAUACCAAUGAGGAUUUUUAAUAAACAAUGUGUGUCUGUCUGUUUUCAUGUAUUUUCAUUAAUUUAUCAACUACUGUUUGUCAAUAGGAAGCAAAGGGAUAUAUUUGGAAAUAAACAUUUUUUAUAUCUUG